CGGUUGCUGCUGCCCUUGCCCCCUUUCCCCCUCUCUCCCCAGCCCUGCCUGCCCGCGCUUUCCUCUCACCUCGACCCCUCUUCACCCUCUCCUUGGCUUCGUCUUCCUCCCCCCAAGCUCGGGCCUCUGUGGCCCCUGUCCAAGGACGCCGCUCAGCUCCGCGUCGCGCACGCUCCUUCUGCACCCCCGCAGCCCCGUCCUCCUUGGAGGAGACUCUUGGGGUGCCCCCAGGCCACUGCACCCACCUUUAUUUUCUCCCCGGCCCCUGCCAGGGCCCCCAACUGCCCCCUCGCAGCGCCCCAGCUCGCGCCGCGGGCCCUACCCGACCUCUGUGCCUUCUGCACCGCGGCCUUGCAUUCGCAGGCCCCUCUGCUGGCCGCCCCCUUCCUCCUCAGGUGUCCCGUUUGGGGGGGCCCCGGAUGUACCUCUUUUUGAGGGUCUUCGAGCAGGAACAACAAACUCUCCUCUCUUCCUUGAUCAUGCCUCUCCUUGUGCUUUUUCUAGCAAAAAUACUAUUUUUUUUCAGCCAAGAUCUCCCCAAUUUCCAGGAAAAAAUAGGAUAAUAAUAAUAAUAUCUAGACUACAACCCCCCUUUUUGGAAUACUUUCCCAAUUACAAGAAACCAACUCAUUUCUUCCAGUUUUUCAUCUAAUGUGUUCGCUUCUCCAAACCUCCCUUCUUACUUUCCCGACAAAAAUCCUUUUCAUCAUCAAUUCUGCCACAAUUAGAUUCCCCCCCCCCCCUCAAAACCCUCUAGGUUGCUCUUACCUGGCUGGGGUGGUGGGGAAGAAAUAAGGUUUUGUUUUGUUUUUGUUUUUUAAAAAAGAAAGUAGUUUCCUCCAUCUUUAUCUCUUCAGCUUAGUAUUGCUUCACGUCAUCCCCAAAUUGCCUUUCUUCUCAAUUUCAUACCUGUUUCCCUGCUUGUUUGGGGGUCCAAGUUCUGACUGCCCCUUCCUUUUCACUACCUGUUUUCAGGGCAAAAGAUAUUGGAUGAGUUUUCAAAAAUUACCACCUCACCCUUCCAGGAGGAGAUAGCGAAGGUCCGAUUCCACCUGAACCCCCUUUCCUGUGGGGCCUAAGCCAGGCCCUCCUGUUUCCUGGAGAAUCACUCACUUGCUUUUGGGCACCAGGAACCACACCAGAUACACAGUCGCCUCUUGAAGAACAUUGCUGAGCCAGGGAGUGGGAUGGGCUAGGGCCAGUUUUGAACUCCUGGAUUCAAGGGCUCUUCCCACUCAGCCUACAGAGUGCUGGGAGUAUAGGAGCUAGCUGCCAGCAAGUACUCUCCUCUUCCUGACUCUGGACACGACCUUGCUUGUCUGGAGACAGGCUCUGGCCAGGACCUGGCAGUGGAAAGUUAUGGAGCCAUACAGCCUUGGGGAGGAGGGGGCCCUUCCAUCAGAAGGUCACCUCCCUUCCUUCUCUGAGAGUCAAGGGCUCAACUGCAGUGACACACUCAACCGGGACUUGGGCCCCAGCACACGGGACCUGCUCUAUGCUGGCUUAAGUGGUUUGGACCUUGACCCCAGUCUCUCCACAUCAGAUAUGCCCAGCGAGGUGCUGGAGGACAAUCUGGACACCCUGUCCCUGUACUCAGGGAAGGACAGCGACUCUGUGAAGCUGUUGGAAGAAUAUGCAGACUCCGAAUCCCAGACCUCCUUACAAGACCUGGGGCUGGGAGCACUCAAGGUACCUAAAGAGGCUGAUGAAGGAGGCAGGGCCACUGGGAGUACAAGGAAAGGCAAGCGGCAGCACAGUUCCCCUCAGAACCCGCUCCUGGACUGCAGCCUGUGCGGGAAGGUGUUCAGCAGCGCCAGUUCCCUGAGCAAGCACUACCUGACACACAGCCAGGAGAGGAAACACGUGUGCAAAGUCUGCAGCAAGGCCUUCAAGCGCCAGGACCACCUGACCGGGCACAUGCUCACCCACCAGAAGACCAAGCCCUUUGUGUGCAUUGAGCAGGGCUGCAGCAAAAGCUACUGUGACUACCGCUCCCUGCGCCGCCACUAUGAGGUCCAGCAUGGGGUAUGCAUCCUGAAGGAGGCCCCACCAGAAGAGGAGGGCUAUGGAGACCCAACCCACAACCACGAUGUGGCCAACCAGCCUCCACCCAGUGGCCUGAGGUCCCUGGGACCUCCAGAAGCUAGAUCCCCUGGCUCUGUCCUGCCCAACCGAGACCUCCUUCGCUGUAUUGUAAGCAGCAUUGUCCACCAGAAGAUUCCCUCUCCUGGCCCAGCAGUGGGUCCUUCUGACACUGAGGCAAGGAGCUCGGCCUGUGCCUGCCCCACCUCACUGGGGUCAUCAUCGUGUAUACCAGCCAGCACCCCAGUGGCCCCAGGAACCCUGGGCUCCGAAGUUCCUGAGGAAACUCAUCCCCCACGGAAGGAACCUGCCACUGAAGUGUUCACAGCUGUCCAGUCAAGGGUGGCUGAGAAUGGUGCCCCUGACCCACCAGAGUCAGAGCUGGAGUCAGAGUCUCCACGGCUUCAACGGCCAUCCUCCCUGGAGGGCUGGCCGGAGGGCAGCUCCCUUCCUGCCUGCCUGCCUCUCUUCCGAGGCCAUUCUGUUCCCUCAGGAUCCCAGCCAUCCAACCACAACUUCCAGUGGCUCCGGAACCUGCCUGGCUGUCCCAAGAACAAAGGCAGCAACGUGUUUAUGGUCCACAAGCCCCCUGCAGUGCCAUCCCGGGAGGGCUCUGAGGGGGGCCCUGGGCCCAGCAGCAUCCCCACCACAGUAGAACCUUCACCCAGCUUGGGCACCAGCCAGGAGGAUCUGCUGCCAUUUCCUCCUGCACUCCUGAAGGCACCUGGUGAGACCUCCAGUGAUGUCCGACAGACAGCUGGGGAAGAUGAUGGCUGGGCUCCCAAGAAGAGCAAACCCGACUGUGAGUCAUUCCCAUGGCAGAGCCCCCCAGAGCUUGGGCUCCAAGAUACACAGAACCCAGGUGGGCUCCCCUCAGAUGCCACACCCCUCUUCCGGCAGCUGUUCAUGAAGUCACAGGAGUCUCUGGUGAGCCACGAGCAGAUGCAGGUGCUCCAAAUGAUUGCCAAGUCCCAGCGGAUCUUCUCCCACACCCAGGUGGCUACAGCCUCAGCCCAGAGACCAGGGCCGGAGGGCAAGCAGUCAGCCCUGAAGCCAUUGCAGGGGCCAUGGCCACCACAGGCCCUGCCACCAGUACCCGCUGUGGACUCCUUCCAGAUAGGCCCUGGACACUCAGAGCCAGAGGGAUCCCCAGUCCGCAGGAGGAAAACUAUGCCUGCAGUGUCCAGAGAAGCAUCUCCUGGUGGCCCGAGGCGAGACACAAAAGGAGGACCCAAAGUGGCCUCUGCACCACCAUCCCUCACAGGGCCAGCUCUGCACCCGUCACGGAAUCCAGAUAGCUCUUCUCUGGCCAAAGGGACCUUGGACCUGGGGGACAUCCUCCCCAGUGCAGGCUCGCGGCAGUCCCAGUUAAGUGGAGAUGAGCCAGCUGGAACCCAGCUGGUUGGGAAACAGGGCCAAGGUGAGAAUGCCCUGGCUUCAGGGGCCAUGAGAGGUGAGAAGGGCCCAGCCUGCCCACGAGGCGGAGGCUACAGACUCUUCUCAGGCCACCCCAGGGCCCAGAGAUUCUCUGGUUUCCGGAAGGAAAAAGUAAAGAUGGAUGUGUGCUGUGCAGCUUCUCCCAGCCAGGUGGCCAUGGCCUCCUUCUCCUCGGCUGGGCCUCUGGCAGAUCCCCCCCGGGACAUGAAGUCUAAGCUGACAAUCUUCAACAGAAUCCAGAUAUCCUCUCAUCUCCAGGGUGGAAACAUCUACAGGCUCCCCCAUCCAGUGAAGGAAGAGAGCUUGACAGGCGGAUGCCAUCAGCCAAAUGGGGGUCCCACAGACUGGAUGGAGUCAAAGAGCACUUUUGUGUGCAAGAAUUGCAGCCAGAUGUUUUAUACCGAGAAAGGGCUGAGCAGCCACAUGUGUUUCCACAGUGACCAGUGGCCAUCACCUCGGGGGAAGCAGGAGCAGCAGGGACAAGAGAAAGAUGGGGAAGAGAGAGACAGCAAGGAGAGCAACCAGAACAGAAAGCGGAAGAAGCGGCCCCAGCCCAAGGCCCUGUUUGCCCCUCCUGUACCCUCUGCCCUUGGGGAGCCAGGCCCAGGAGGGUGCCACCAGAGCUGCCUACGCUCUCCUGUGUUCCUAGUGGACCACCUCCUGAAGGGCUUGUUUCAAUGCUCUCCUUACACACCACCACCCAUGCUCAGCCCCAUCCGGGAGGGCUCUGGCCUGUACUUCAACACCCUCUGCUCCACGUCCCGGGCUGGGCCCCAUCUCAUCAGCCCUGUGUUUGACCAAGUGGACGGCUCCUUUGGCAUCUGUGUGGUGAAGGAUGACACCAAAAUCAGCAUCGAACCACACAUCAACGUAGGAAGCAGAUUUCAGGCGGAGAUCCCAGAACUGCAGGAGAGGCCGCUGGCCAGAGUGGAUGAGAAUGUAGCAUCUCUGGUCUGGAAGCCAUGGGGAGAUGUGAUGACCAACCCAGAGACCCAGGACAGAGUGAUAGAGCUCUGCAAUGUGGCAUGCUCCAGUGUGAUGCCAGGAGGGGGCACCAACCUAGAGCUUGCCCUCCACUGCCUGCAUGAAGCCCAGGGCAGUGUUCAGGUUGCCCUGGAGACUCUGUUACUCAGGGGACCCCAGAAGCCCCGGACUCACCCACUAGCUGACUAUCGCUACACAGGCUCAGACAUCUGGACCCCCAUGGAGAAGAGGCUCUUCAAGAAGGCAUUCUGUGCCCACAAGAAGGACUUUUACCUGAUUCACAAGACGAUCCAGACUAAGAGUGUAGCACAGUGCGUUGAAUACUACUACAUCUGGAAAAAGAUGGUUAAGUUUGACUGUGGCCGAGCUCCUGGGCUGGAGAAGAGGGGCAGGAGAGAGCUGGAUGAGGUAGAAAGGACUGAAGACAAGGUCACUUGCAGCCCUCGGGAGAGACCCACCCACCGGCCAACUCCUGAGCUAAAGAUAAAGACCAAGAGUUACAGGCGGGAGUCUAUCCUUCAUUCCAGCCCAAGUGCAGCCCCCAAGCGUACCCCUGAGCCUCCAGGGAGUGUGGAGAGCCAAGGCGUGUUCCCUUGCAGAGAGUGUGAGAGAGUGUUCGACAAGAUCAAGAGUCGGAAUGCCCACAUGAAGCGCCACCGUCUCCAGGAGCACGUGGAGCCUGUCAGGGUCAAGUGGCCUGUGAAGCCUUACCCACUGAAGGAGGAAGAGGAGGAGGAAGAGGAGGAGCUAGGGGCUGACAUGGGCCCCCUGCAGUGGUGACUCCUUGCUGGAAGCCGGUUUGCAAGGAGGGAGGAUCCAGCCCUGAGCCAGUGCCCUGGGUCUCUCAGAAGUGUUUGGGUCACCCUACCCUCUCUGUCCUCUAAAUGCCCAGCUUUGAUAGCAAGCUUGGCUGGCAUUUGGACAGAACAGGCAGAAGCUGUCACAGGUAGCUCUGAAGUCAUGUGGGUGACCAGAGGCUCCAUUCUUUCCUGGUUAAUAGUUGCUUAUUUGCAGUCCCAUUCACUUAGAGCAAGGGACCCUGGGAAGCAGAAGGUUUGGUCUAGGUAGCUUUUAGAUCUGAGCUGUAGGCAUGGGACUGACAUUGGUUAGAGAGAAUCAGUGAGGACACCUGAGAUCCAGUGAGCUGAGCCCUCCUCUGGGUGGGGGGGUCCCUGCAUUCCCACCAUCCCUAGUCUUGCAAUGACUGUAUAUUGUUAGGUGUGUUUUUUAUGUGUCUGCUUGUAUCUUAUUAAAUUGGGUUCUUAAA